UUUCUUUGUAGUUAUAAACAUGUAGCCAAAUGUACUUAUCCUUGAAAUGAUUGAAGAUUGAUUGUAAAAGGUUUUGUUUCGUAGAAUUUCUAAUUGAAUUAAGAACUCAAAAAAUAAUUGUUGUCGCGGGUGUCGAAUGGCAACAAUCGAUACUAAAAUUUCACGUGGCGUGAGUUGUGACCAUUAAUAGAUAUGGAUUUGACGUUCGUUAGUACAAAGACACAAUUUCUUACAAAAUAUGAUUUGACGGAUCAUUUUUGGAUGGUUAGAAAUUAUCAAUCGAAACAUAGUACGUUGUAGUUUCCAUUGAAGAUGGUUAAUAAAUUUUCUACACUGUCAUAGAAAACAAUUUUCUAUCUUAUGAAAUUAUGAUUUGAAAAUAUUAUGUAUCAUAUAGAAACACGAUAUGUAAUGCAAUAUUACUUGAAAAUUAUUCAUACAGAAAUAUUAUAUUUUUGUAUUCGAAAGUGCAAUCAAAAAUCAUUUGACGUGGAUUGAUAUCAAGGUUAUAAAAUAAUUAGUAAUUAUCAAGAUUGUAAAGCAAUUAGUAAUCAUCCAUUGUAUAUUGUAAGUUAAAUUAUAAUAAAAACAAUGCGAAAUUUUGUGAGCGAUCUUAUAAUUUGCAUACUACUACUACUUUCUGUGAGCCUUAUAUUCGGAGCUAGUGAAAUUUUUCAGUCUCUACUAAAUACUGGAGAAAAAUUAUUAGAGUCUUCCUCGUACAAUUGGAUUGUUCGCUUGUGUUCAAAUUUAUUAAGUUAUGCCACUGUACUAUUACCUGGUUACCUCAUCUAUAAAUAUGUUCGUCACACCAAAUACAUCCAAAGAGGAGGUAAAGGAUGUAUCCCAAGGUUAAUACAUUCAUGUUUUAUGGGUCACUGUGAAACAGGACUCUUGGACUCUUCUUAUACCUCGACGCCGUCUAAUCUUAAUCAGCGUACUUUUAUGCAAGAUGCCUUUUUACUCCUAUAUUGCUUCUUUGGUUUACAAGUCAGCUAUCUAUCGUGGGGUUAUUUACAAGAGAAGAUAAUGACACAGGAAUACGAAGAUGACAACGGGAAUAAGGGUCGUUUUAAAGAUUCUCAAUUUUUAGUAUUUGUUAAUAGGAUUUUGGCAUUUCUAAUGUCUGGACUAUAUUUGGUGGUUCAAAGACAACCGCAGCAUAAAGCACCGCUCUAUAAAUACGCAUUUUGUUCACUGUCAAAUAUAAUGAGCAGUUGGUGUCAGUACGAAGCAUUGAAAUACGUUAGCUUUCCAACACAGGUGUUGGCAAAAGCUUCUAAAAUUAUACCAGUUAUGAUAAUGGGGAAAAUAAUUUCACGUACUACAUACGAGUAUUACGAAUAUGUUACAGCUAUACUUAUUUCCAUUGGAAUGACAUUGUUUAUGUUAGAUAGUUCUGAUUAUAGAAACGAUGAUGCGACUACUGUCUCCGGUAUUAUUCUUUUAGGAGGCUACUUAAUAUUAGAUAGCUUCACGAGUACCUGGCAAGACGCAUUAUUUACAGAGUACGGUGCAACGAGCGUACAGAUGAUGUGUGUAGUUAAUAUGUUCUCCUGUUUAUUUACCGCAAUGUCUUUAUUUCAACAAUCGAGUUUCCCUCUCAUAUUUUUAUUUAUGGCAAAGUAUCCUAGGUUUAUUAUCGAUUGUUUACUUAUUUCGGUCUGCUCUGCGACUGGCCAACUAUAUAUAUUUUACACUAUUUCGAAAUUUGGCCCAGUGACGUUUGUCAUAAUAAUGACCAUCCGGCAGGGUCUAGCUAUAUUGUUGUCGUGUUUGAUAUAUCAUCAUCGGGUAACAGUUAUCGGAAUAAUUGGUAUAUUAUUAGUAUUUGGUUCUGUAUUUUUACGAAUAUAUUGUAAUAACAGACUACGAGCCAUUAGGAGGCGCAGAGCUGCGAAUAACAGUAUAAAAGAUUGAUCACGAAAAUACAGAAAAUAGGUGACAGAAAACAGAAUCAAGCAUGGGCUUACUCUUCGGGAGAUGGCGGUCGAUAAAUAGCUAUAAGGCACAAGAUCGAAAUGAUUAAUUCGGAUGCCAACAAAACUAAUUGUAUGCUGCAAAGUAUUACUUCUAGCCUGAGCACAUAGUUUUGCCAGAUCAAAAAAUACAAUGUAGCCAACGAACUGGGCACAGUUAAAACAA